CUCAGUUCUCAGACACUUUGCCACAAAACCAUGAGUUUGUUUUUGCCUGUCUGCCUCUGUCUUUCUUCUUCUUUUUGUGUUUUUCAGAUGACCAGUGAUUAAUCUGACCAACUGCAAGUAUGAGAGUGUACGGAGAGCUGCUAAGAUGUGUGGCCUUCGGGAAGCCACUGAGGUGGAUGACUGGACCCUGUAUUGGACCGAUUAUUCCGUCUCCCUGGAACGGGUGCUGGAAAUGAAAAGCUACCAGAAAAUAAAUCAUUUCCCUGGGAUGUCUGAAAUCUGUAGGAAAGAUCUUCUGGCCAGGAACAUGAGCAGGAUGCUAAAGCUUUUCCCCAAGGAGUUUAACUACUUCCCCAGGACCUGGUGUCUUCCUGCUGAUUAUGGAGAAUUACAAGCUUACAGCAGGUCAAAAAAACAUAAGACCUUCAUCUGUAAGCCGGACUCUGGCUGUCAAGGCAGAGGCAUCUACAUCACGAGAUCCGUGAAAGAUAUCAAACCAGGAGAAGAUAUGAUCUGCCAGCUGUAUAUCUCAAGGCCUUUUAUUAUCGAUGGGUUCAAGUUUGAUCUUCGGAUUUACGUGCUGCUGACAUCGUGUGACCCACUGCGGAUAUUUCUUUAUAAGGAAGGCCUGGCACGCUUUGCAACAUCCGCUUACUCGGACCCAUCAGUCAGUAACUUGGACGACGUCUGCAUGCACCUGACUAAUUAUUCAAUUAACAAGCACAGUGCUAAUUUUGUACGAGAUGACGAUUCUGGUAGCAAGAGGAAGCUCUCUACCUUUAAUAAGCACAUGGCAGAAAAUGGCUAUGAAACAGAACCAAUAUGGAAGGACAUUGAGGAGGUGGUGGUUAAAACCCUGUUAUCAGCCUAUCCGAUCAUCAAGCAUAACUAUCUGACCUGUUUCCCCAACCACACCAUGGGAAGCGCUUGCUUUGAGAUCUUGGGGUUUGACAUUUUACUGGAUCGCAAACUCAAACCGUGGUUGCUUGAGGUGAAUCAUUCCCCGAGCUUCAGUACCGAUUCGUGGCUCGACAAAGAAGUGAAAGACCAACUCCUGCAUGACACUCUGGUUCUGAUAAACUUGGGAGCCUGUGAUAAGCGGAAAGCAUUGGAAGAAGAGAGGCGGCGAGGAAAAGAGAGACUUCUCAAGCUGUGCCGUAAUCGAGAAUCGAGGGCCGAGGAAUACAAGAACUGCCAAGCAGCUUGGCUCGAGCAAGCCGAGAACUAUGAAGAAAAACACAUCGGAGGCUUCCGCCGAAUUUACCCCGCUUCCGAUUCGGACAAAUACAAUAAGUUUUUCCAACACCACAAUUCGCUCUUCCAAGAAACUGUCGCUUCCAGAGCACGUGAAGAGUAUGCCAGGCAGCAGCUCCAAGAGUUACGCCUCAAGCAGAAACAAAAAGCGGCUCUAUCAAGAGAAAAGAAGGUGGAACUCCAGGGAGAGUCUGGUGGUGAGAAGGUCAAGGUUUACAGGCAAAAGAUGGUCUCCAGAACAACAGCAGUGCCGACCUGUGCCCAGCCUCAGGUUUGUUCAGAGUCUGAGCCUGGGACUGCUGAUCUGCUUCAGAGUUGCUCAUAUGAGCAGGACCCCAAGAAGGAAGCCAUUUGUGUCGAUCCAAAUCUCUUCCAUUCAGAGAGCCCUGGGCCAAACAGCUGUCCAGAAACACCAGAGAAACAUCCCGUGAGGCCUUAUAGCUCCGUGCCUGACCUUAUCAGGGAGAAUUCAUCCAAUACUGCAGAGCAAAGUCAUUCCAACCCAGAACUGGGGGACACCAUUAGCAAUCAUCACUCUUCAACAAAUGUGAACAUAUCAGCAAAGAUGGACGUGGGACUUCGGAGGAUACCUGCAGAGAGUAGCCCUUUGUCUGGCACAGCUCAGGAUUUCAAAGCUGCCAUGAAGCUGUCCUAA